AUGGCUUACAGCAUCUGGGAAAUUCCUCUUCAGACGACAAACUUCAACAUCGUAGUUGCUGUAUUGGGCGGCUUCAUCUCUCUGUUUGGUCUUGUCUCGUACCUCCUCAAAGAGAACUACUACCUCUCCGAAGCCCUCAUCUCACUCUUAGCAGGCGUCGCCUUUGGACCAAAUGGUGCCAACUUCAUCCGGCCGGAAGACUAUGCUAGCUGCAAUGUUCUUUCGAGGGAGGCUUGUGAAACAGAUCUCAGUGCUAUAACGCUCAACUUUUCACGCCUGGUUCUCGGUGUCCAGCUUGUUCUCGCGGGCGUGCAGCUCCCGAGCAAGUAUCUUGUAAAAGAAUGGAAGUCGAUUUCUCUUCUCCUCGGCCCGGGAAUGACGUCUAUGUGGUUGGCUACCAGUGUUCUCGUGUGGGCAUUGGCAGGCCAGCCUCCAUUUCUUCACGCCCUCGCUAUCGGAUCUUGCGUGACCCCUACAGACCCUGUGCUCAGCGCUGUGAUCGUCAAGGGCAAAUUCGCAGACCACAACAUCCCACAGGAUCUUCAGUACCUAAUUACGGCUGAAUCAGGCGCCAAUGACGGCCUCGGAUAUCCGUUUCUGUUCCUAGCUUUGUAUCUCAUCAAGUUCACAGGCGCAGGUGCGACGUCGGGGGGAGCCGGCGAUGCCAUGGGUCUCUGGUUCGGUAUGACAUGGGGCUACACCAUCAUUCUCAGCGUGAUAUAUGGCGCUGUGGUGGGCUGGGUUGGCAAAGAGAUGCUUCACUUUGCCGAGAAGCGCAACUACGUUGAUCGCGAGAGUUUUCUCGUGUUUGCCAUCGCGCUUGCGCUGUUCGUCCUGGGAACAUGCGGUAUGGUCGGCACAGAUGAUGUGCUCGCAUGCUUCAUCGCAGGCAAUGUAUUCACAUGGGAUGACUGGUUCCGACUCGAGACCAAAGAUGAUUCACUGCAGCCGACCAUCGAUAUGCUCCUCAACGUGACUAUCUUCCUGUGGUACGGCGCUUACAUCCCCUGGAGCGACUUUAACACCACGACUGUCAUUUCCAUUGAGCGUCUUGUGGCUUUGGGUAUCUGCGUUCUUCUCUUGAGGAGACUUCCCUGGGUAUUCGCAAUGCACAAGUGGAUUCGCCAGAUUGAAGAGGUUAAGCAGGCCGUCUUUGUCGGCUUCUUUGGACCGAUUGGCGUAUCGGCUAUCUUCUACCUUUUCAUCACCGUCGAGUUUAUUGAGACGCAUCUAAGCGAUGAAGACGGUCGCCCGAGAAGUGAUGUCAAGGAUUUGGCCGAGCAGACGCGCAUAAUAGUCUGGUUCCUGACUGUUUGCAGUAUUAUUGUUCAUGGUUUGAGUAUCCCAGUUGGAAAACUAGGAUACUUUGUCCCCAGGACAUUGAGUCAAGCGGUUAGUGACAGUGUGAUCAACGCUCCAGAUGAUUCGCUCCGACGAAGAAUCCCAUUCGUUGGGAAGUACUUUGGUCGCAACAACGAUCGCAGACCGAGUGGACCAAUUGUUAUUACUGGUGGCCGAAGUCUUCGUGCUGAGCCACACGCACCUGCACACGCUGGUGAUGAGACGCCGCCUGUCAGAAGAGAGAUUCGAUUUGGCGAUGAAGUGUGA